GUACAGCGCGGAGUUCUACGAGGUGACCAAACGCAGGAUCGGCAAGAGCUUGCUGGUGCAGGCAGGUUGGCUGCCGUCGCCCUUCGUCACCAAGGCGGCAGGCAUGGCUUUCUUGCUCAGUGGUUGCUUCUCUGAGAAUUCAAUUCGGGGACCUCCUCUGCUCCCUCCGCGACAGUUGCAGGGUAGAGGUUUUGGGCUACGGCUGAAGGCGAACAGGGUGGAUGUCACCAUAGUCGGAGCCUAUUUCCCUCCUCGCCCAUGUGAACGACGUGUUCGUGCCAACUAUUUCUCGACAGUGCAGAAGAUUAUUGGAUGGCUAAGAUCGGUUUUCCAGAAGAUCAGAGGACGUUCGAUUCCGAUACUGGCCGUAGAUCUGAAUGAUGGCAUGGGUUUAGAGGAGACUGCUGGUUCUUAUGAUUUCUCGGGAACAUCGGUUAUUCGCUCUGAGGUAGCUACGCGUGAAGUCUGGCGAGAUGGAGCUGGGCAUUCUCUUAGAUUAUUACUCGAAGAAUUUGAUUUCUCUUUUGUGGAUGGUGGUAGUCCUCUCACAAAUACCUGGUACGGACCCAAAGGUGAAAGCAAACGGCUGGAUAUGAUUUUUGCUCCUUCUACGAUGGCCUCUAGAGUGUACAGAGCUGGAGUCCUUCACCGCUUGGGGCGCCAAGUUCAGUUGAUCCGAACCAAAGCCUGUCGUGAUCACCUACCCGUGCACGCUGCUUGGAAGUUAGAAUAUUUCAACGGUCCGCGCAAGAAGGACCUCUCUAGAUGGGAUCAGAAUCUACUGAUGGAGGGGUUGAUGAAGGGAGAGAGGAGGAGAGAAUUGCUGAAAGCGAUCAAUGAUGAGUGU